AUGAAUAAUAAUGACGACCUGCGGUCCAACAUCCACCGCUUCCGGGUCCGCCGCACAUCCACGGCGCCCGAGUCGGCACCGCGCCAACGCCGACGCUCCGCAUCGCCUCUCGUCGUCGGGCCGCUACCACCACCUCCACCCGCGGCGCGCGACAAUCCCGCCUGCGACCGCUGCCGCCGCUUCAAGAAGAAGUGCAGUCGCACGUUUCCCGUGUGCUCGCUAUGCGCCCGCGCCGGCCGCGACUGCUCCUUUUCGGCCGCCGCUGUAGUCUCGUCGUCGGCCGCCGUGGCCGAGGCGCAGCACCUGCGAGCCCGCGUGGCCUGGCUCUCCCGCCUGGUCGACGAGAACCUCGUCGUCGUCGCCGCCGCCGGGUGGUCCCGUAGUAGUAGCAGCAUCGAGGACGUCGCCACCGGGUGCGAUCUGACGGGAAGGCUGGCCAGCCGCACUCCUGCGGCGGUGCCGGCCGUGACACCCGACCGGCACCUGGCUGCUCAGGCCCACUGCACGGGGGCGAUGACGCCCGACUCCGACUCCGUACCAAGCCUAGGGCAUCAGAGCUUGGGUGCCGAUGCUCGUCUCGCCGCUGCCCGACACGAUGGGCUCGACUCGGGCAACGGCGCCGCACCGCAGGACCCUCUGGCCCGGACACUGGUCGACGUCUACUUCCGCCACAUCCACCGGGCAUACCCCUUUAUGGACCGGGCCAGGGUGCUGCGCGACCUAGAUGCCCUCGGGUCUGCGGCGUGGCCGCCGCGGCGCGCAAACUCUACCUUGCUCUUCCUCGUCAUGGCCUUGGGCUGGACGACCCUCCAGCGCUCCGGGCAGAUGCCCCGCGACGCGGCCGGCUUCUCGUUGCACGUUUCCAGCGCAGAAAUCCUGCAAGAGUGCCUCCUCAAGGACAAGGACCUUGAGUCCAUCCAGAUCCUCGUCCUCCUCGCGCUGCACUGCAUGUACGACCCGGCGGCGGCGUCGACGUGGUCCGUCGCCGGCAUCGCCGCUCGGCAGGCCAUGGCCUAUGGGCUGACCCGCCGCGCCUCCGACGACGCCUCGCUCUCGUCGACGGACAAGGAGCUCCGCCACCGCCUCUUCUGGAGCACCUGGGUCCUCGACCGGCUCAUGGCGUACUCGACCGGCUUUCCCCCAGCGCUGCUGCUGUCUGACGAGCCCGUCGACGUCCCGCUGCCCGGCCUCGCGAUUGAGGAAUUCGCCUCCCCGGAGCGGCAGCGCUUCGCCUCGGCCCUGCAGACCCACCGGCACGUCGUCCGUCUCCGGCAGCUGGAGCACCGCAUCCUCGUGCAGGUGCUGUCCGGCGAUGAACCCGACUCCGACGCCGCCGCCAUCUCCCGGCACGGCCGCCUCGCCGCCAUGAGGCGGAUGAGGACCGAGAUCGAGGACUGGUACAGCGACGGCUGCCUCUUGUCACCCGUGGAGCCGGACAACAUACCCAUCCACACGUCGGUCGCGUGGCUCAGCGCCAGAUACUACCACCUGCUGCUAAUGCUGCACUACCCGUGCCGCUUCAACGGCUUCGGGGCCAUCGUCUCCCCGCUGGACCUGCUGCGCUUCGUGCAGAAGCACCUGCAGUCGACCCGCGUCCUCCUCCAGCAGCGACAGCUCCCGCUGAACCUCGUCACCCUGGCCCGCAGCCUGCCCGUCGGCCGGGCGCUCGUGCACUGCCUGAUGCGCGGCGCCUCGGAGCCCGCGGCGACCGACGAGCUCGACACGCUGAUUGACGUAUUCAAAGCCUUUCCUGAAAACUGGGCGCACGCCCGCCGAGCGGCGCACGUGUUCCGCCGGGUACGGAUGGCCAUGGCAGAGGCCUCGGCAUUCUCCGACGCCCGACGGCAACCCGGCGACGGGUCUACAUCGUCGUACCAAGCGCUGCUGAAGCCGCUCGCUGCGGCCGUGACGACCGUCAUGGAGGACGUGCUCGGCAAGACGACGUGCUAUGCCAUCCCCGAGCUUCUCUGCGAGCAGGCUGCUGGCGACGGCGGCUUUUGUCCUUCUAGCUCGCCCACGAAUCCGAUGCAGUCUUGCAUGGCCUCGGUGCACGACGACACGGCGGCGGAGCAUGGCUGGGACUCCCUGCAAUUUGCAUUUCUCUUGGACCCACAAUAUGCCUCUAGCUAG